AUGACUAAUUUCAGUGAAAGAUUUUUCUAUGUAAUUUCAAGGGAGAUAUUCUCAUGGAUGCCUGCGAAAUCAAUUUUGAAACUCACGUCAACUUCUCAUCAUUGUUUAAGUUUCAUACAAGAAGAAUCGUUUUGUAAGCAACAAGAUCGGAAUAUGAGAUCAAUGGACGAUUGUGGUAUCUUUAUUCAAGGGAAUGCAUCUAACUACGACAAGUAUAUGACAAAAAUUUUGGCUCUUCCCAACCAAAAUUUAUGUUAUAUGGGCGUUCAACCGCAGUCUAUGAAGUUUUUGAGAGAUCAUGUCCAACUAAUCACAUCGAGUGGAGGCCUUUUCUUUGGUAGAACCACCGUUGCACAAUCUCCUUAUGUUGAAAGUUUUGUUAUCCUCAAUCCGGCCACCGGGAUGAUCGCUAAGAUACCGAAACCUUUAGGUUUGUUAAACUAUGCUACUAAUAUGAAAGUUGUUUUCAAUUAUAGUGAUAAUGGUGACCUUCUCCUUAUGAUCAUUAUGAUGGAGAAUGACGAUUGGAUCUCUUUGGAUAAAUGUAUGGUAUACUCCCAUGAAGACAGGGUGUGGAAGGAGAAGAGUGAUCGACGUCACAAUCUCGGAGGGAGGAGUUUAUGUACGGAGAAACAUGUUUUCUUGGACAAUUGUGUUUAUUUUUUGUCCGAUUUAUCAUGUUAUUUUGGGAGGGAGAGCGAGAACUACUUUCCUUACAUUGUGAGUUACAACACGAAUAACGAAGAAACAAGAUUUUUUGGAUUACCAAAGCAUUCACAUAAAGGACGCAAUCAUUAUACUUGUAGGAUGAACAUAUUCUCGUGGAAUAAGGGUAAGACAAUGUGUCUCGUUAAGCUUCGUAAAGGGUUGUUCACUAUAUGGGUACUAAAAGAUAUUAAGAAGGGUGACUCGUGGUCGUGGACUCAAAUCCUAAGAAAAACAUUGUUCGAGAUUGGACUACAAGAACAUGGAAUAUCAGAAGUAGCCGAUUUUAAGGUGAUUAAUGGAAAAACCUUGAUUGUAGCAAUGGAAAAUAACAAUGUUUAUUCUUACAACAUAGUAGGUGAUGAUGAUCAAGAGAAGAAUCUGACUAUGAUAGGCAAUGGACAUGGAUGCAAUAGUGUGAAUUUAAUGUUAUAUUCUUACACCAACACCUUAAGACGAAUUCCCAAUGGUAUACCUCUGAUUGCUUUUCAAGAAAAUCUAGGGUUUAUGGAAUAA